UUGCACUCGAUCUCGAUUGCUGCUCUAUAAGUAUGAUGUCUCCAACCGUGAGCACAUUCAGCAACUCCGAGGGAAUAGAAGCGAACUACCUGAGAAGCGGGGAAGACGGAGGAAAGCGUUAAGGAUGUCUGACACCCCAUGCACGUGUUACCAGAGCGGUUCUUGUAGCUGCGGAGACAACUGCAAGUGCCAAAACUGCAAAUGCACCUCGUGUAAGAAGAGCUGCUGCGCCUGUUGCCCGGUCGGCUGCAGCAAGUGUGCCCAGGGCUGCGUGUGCAAAGGACAAGCUGACAAGUGCAGUUGCUGUCAGUGACGGUGGUCACCCGAGACCAAGCAACACGCCUUGCUUUGUAACGUCGGCUGCUACAAUAGAUCUUUUGUAUGAUUAUUCACUGGGGGGGGGGGGAGUUAUAAUCAAGAAUGUUAAUAAUUUCUCUUUUGUACUUUGUUCUGGAUGAAUUGAGCUGCAUCUAAUUAAAAUACUAUGGAAAAAUA